ACAGUCUAGCUCGAUCUGGAUCCUCCCGGGCCUGUUCCAGGCCUUGCCUCCAUCUCCCAAAAAAGGCUCUGAACUUGACCCCUUCUCUUCAUAUCCGGAUCCGGGCUCCUCCCCUAGGACCGCCCAUCCGCCUUUCUCUCGGAAUAUCUUGGGGUCUAGCCCUCUCUCUCUAAUUCUGUCCCCUAAUAACUAAAUGAGACCCUAAAACAAUGGGCUGACGCUUAUCAUUUUGCCAGCGAUCCCGGCCACCUCUCUCUACGCCCGGCUUCUCAAGUGAACCCGUCCCCUGCCCUCUAUCUGCACGUCCCCAGCCUGGGAAAAGGAUGGCCUCGCAGCCCCUGAGGGGCCUGGUCCUAUCUCUGCUUUGGGGCCUGAGCCUGUUUCUGAGCUUCCCAGGACCUGUCUGGCUCCAGCCCUCUCCUCCCCAUUCUUCCCGAGCUGAGCCCCAUCCAUGUCAUACCUGCCGGGCACUGGUGGACAGCUUCAACAAGGGCCUGGAGAGAACCAUCCGGGACAACUUUGGUGGUGGAAACACUGCCUGGGAGGAAGAGAAGUUGUCCAAAUACAAAGACAGUGAAACCCGCCUGGUGGAGGUGCUGGAGGGCGUGUGCAGCAAGUCCGACUUUGAGUGCCAUCGCCUGCUGGAGCUGAGUGAGGAGCUGGUAGAAGCCUGGUGGUUCCACAAGCAGCGAGAAGCCCCAGACCUCUUCCAGUGGCUCUGUUCGGACUCCCUGAAGCUCUGCUGCCCCUCUGGCACUUUCGGGCCGUCCUGCCUUCCAUGUCCUGGGGGCACAGAGAGGCCCUGCGGUGGCUACGGUCAGUGUGAAGGGGAAGGGACCCGAGGGGGCAGCGGGCACUGUGACUGCCAAGCCGGCUAUGGGGGUGAGGCCUGCGGCCAGUGUGGCCUUGGCUACUUUGAGGCGGAGCGCAACAGCAGCCAUCUGGUAUGUUCGGCUUGUUUUGGUUCCUGUGCCCGCUGCACAGGACCUGAGGAGUCCCACUGUCUGCAGUGCAAGAAAGGCUGGGCCCUGCAUCAUCUUAAGUGUGUAGAUAUCGAUGAGUGCGGUACAGAGCAAGCCACCUGUGGAGCUGACCAGUUCUGUGUGAACACAGAAGGAUCCUACGAGUGUCGAGAUUGUGCCAAGGCCUGCCUGGGCUGUAUGGGAGCAGGGCCAGGCCGCUGCAAAAAAUGCAGCCGUGGCUACCAGCAGGUGGGCUCCAAGUGCCUAGAUGUGGAUGAGUGUGAGACAGUGGUGUGUCCGGGAGAGAAUGAGCAGUGUGAGAACACGGAGGGUAGCUACCGCUGUGUCUGUGCUGAGGGCUACAGACAGGAGGAGGGCAUCUGCAUGAAGGAGCAGAUCCCAGAGUCGGCGGGCUUCUUUGCGGAGAUGACGGAGGAUGAGCUGGUGGUCCUGCAGCAGAUGUUCUUUGGUGUCAUCAUCUGUGCACUGGCCACACUUGCUGCUAAGGGUGACUUGGUAUUCACUGCCAUCUUCAUAGGAGCCGUGGCAGCCAUGACUGGGUACUGGUUGUCAGAGCGAAGUGACCGUGUGCUAGAGGGCUUCAUCAAGGGUAGAUAAUCCCUGCCACCACUUACGGGAUUUCCUCCCACCCAGAGGUCAUUUCUCUUGCCUGCUGGACACCUGGGGCAGCAUGGUUUCUCUUUGAGAAUGGGGUAAACACCCUUUACCUGCCUUACUGAUCAGCCCAGGACUCCGGUGGCCCCAGGGGUGAAAAAGAAGCCCAGACGCUGAUGCCAUGAGAUGCUUGCCUAGGGGACUGGCA